ACAUUUCUACAGUUUUUAUUUAUUUAUUUAAUACAAAUUUCGGUUCGUCUGUUUUUUUUUCCUCCAGGAUUUGAACUUCUAUCACCUAUUCCCUAAUCAAAGUUGAAGCCGAAGCCGCAGCGAUGGAGGCUCAUCUGAGACCUCUCUGCAGCCCAACAGCCAUCUUAUGCCCCAAGCCUUCAAAUCGCAAACUACCACAGUUACUACAAAGGCCCACUUCGUAUACUUCUCGUUUUUGGCACACUGUCUCUACAAAGCUUUCAAGCUCUUGUCGAUUUCCUCCUACUGUUUUACUUGGGACACCGGAGAGUCAAGUAAGCACGGGGCUCAACACCGACACAAGAGAAUGGGCAAUGCAAGAUUUUUAUUUCUUAAGAAGAGAUGUUGAAACCACGGCGGCACGUGUUAAAGAGAUAAGAGACUCUGCCUGUCUGCAACAGUUAGAACAAGAAGUUGCAGAUUUGGAGUUGAAAGCAGCUGAUAGCUCCUUUUGGGAUGACCGAGCUAAAGCUCAAGAAAACCUUUCGGCCCUGACUGAUGUUAAAGACAGGAUAAGAUUGCUGAAUGAGUUCAAAUCACAGGUUGAAGAUGCAGAAACAAUAGUCAAGCUAACUGAAGAGAUGGACUCUGUAGAUAAUGGACUUCUUGAAGAGGCUGCCAGUAUCAUCAAGGAAUUGAACAAGGGACUGGAUCGGUUUGAGUUAACUCAACUUCUUUCUGGACCUUAUGACAAAGAAGGUGCUGUCAUCUUUAUUACAGCUGGUGCUGGAGGAACUGAUGCACAGGAUUGGGCUGAAAUGUUACUCAGGAUGUAUGUGAGGUGGGGAGAAAAGCAGAGAUACAAGACACGAGUAGUUGAGAAGUCCCAAGGAGAGGAAGCUGGAAUUAAGUCAGCGACAAUUGAAGUUGAAGGUCGUUAUGCUUAUGGUUAUUUGUCUGGGGAGAAAGGAACACACCGCAUUGUGAGGCAGUCCCCUUUUAAUGCCAAAGGUCUUCGCCAGACAAGCUUCUCUGGUAUUGACGUCAUGCCUCUUCUACCUGAGGAGUCGUUGAAAGUUGAUUUACCUGAAGAGGACCUGGAAAUAAGUUUUUCAAGGGCAGGCGGGAAAGGAGGGCAGAAUGUGAACAAAGUUGAAAGUGCUGUCCGGAUUACUCACAUCCCCACUGGUGUUACUGUUCGCUGCACAGAAGAGAGAUCCCAGCUUGCAAACAAAAUAAAGGCUCUAAGCAGGUUGAAAGCGAAGCUGUUAGUGAUAGCUGAGGAACAAAGGGCAUCAGAGAUUAAGCAAAUACGAGGAGAUGUAGUGAAGGCGGAAUGGGGCCAACAAAUAAGAAAUUAUGUGUUCCAUCCGUAUAAACUGGUGAAGGAUGUAAGGACAGGAUACGAGACGUCGGAUAUCACUAGUGUAAUGGAUGGUGAUUUAGAGCCUUACAUUAAAGCUUACCUCAAACACAAAUACAGUAUGAAGGUGACUGCUGCAGGUGUAGUGUAGGUGUAGCUACUCCUUACUCCUACUAGCUAGUUAUGAAAAUUCAGCAUAUAAGAUUUGGGUUGGCACAUAACAUGCUUUGAAUUGUAUUGUAUUGUAUAAAUGAAUCUUGUCUUGGAUCAGGAGGAGGUAGACAAUGUGGUCUUGUUAAAUUUACCCACCAUUUAAGAAAUAGUUGCGUGCUUCUGAAA